CGCUGUGACAGGCUCAGCCAGGCUUGCACGGCCCCCGCCGCGGCCGGCAGCAGACCGGGCUCGUCCCCUGGGCAGGCGAGGGAGAGCCCGGGAAGGGCUGCGGGGCUUUGCCCGAGCAGUAGGUGGGGAGCAGGGAGGGGGAAUCACAUGACAGCACGGGCUGGCUCGGCGGCUGCUGUGCUGGGAGCUGCCGCUGCCCGCACCGCUGCCCGCGCAGACCAUGAGAGGAGGCUGCGGGGAGCCGGGCUGCUGCCGGGGCGCCGCGACCGCACUGAGCUGGAACUGCUAACGCGCCCGCGGCUGCUGCGGGGGGAGGACCAGCUCCCUCCUCCUCCUCCUCCUCCGCCUCCUCCGCAGCGCCACAGGGACCUGCCGACCCCGGGCAGCAGCGGCAGCCUCUCCAGCAGCAGCACCGCCACCACCCGCAGCAGCACCAUGGACCUUUCCUUCAUGGCUGCACAGAUUCCUGUUAUGGGAGGAGCCUUCAUGGACUCACCCAAUGAGGACUUUGGUACAGAAUACUCCUUGUUUAAUUCAUCGGCCAAUGUCCAUGCAGCUGCUUCAAUGCAGAACCAGCCAGAAGAGACAUCCCGCUCCUCAAACGAUGCCAUAUUGUUAUGGAUUGCAAUCAUAGCAACAAUUGGAAACAUUGUGGUUGUGGGAGUGGUGUAUGCCUUCACAUUCUAAGAAGACCGGAGACUGGAAUACUGCAGGAAUGGAUGGCUACAAGUGUGUUUGUUGUGCGUGUUUGUGUAUAUAUACAUGUAUAGCUAUAUAAAUAUAUAUAGAUAGACACAUUUUGUUAAUUAUAAGCUGCGAUAGUACUAGAAAUGAAGUGCAAGUUAUUAAACUUGAACUUCAGUAGCAAAGUUUGGAUGCAUUGGCAAAUUUUGUGGUGGUGAAAGCUUUAAUCAAGAACAGCCAAUACAUGUCACAUAUAAAUUUGAUGUGAAAGGCCAAUGUUGAUAUGCGAAAGACAAAAUGCAAGCGGGUUUUAUGUAAAAAAUGCUUAUUUCCUAUUGGUUGGAUUUUCUAGUAGCUCUUCUGUUUUUGUUUGUUCCUUUUGUUGAGUUUUUAAUCUGCUUUUGGGAUUGGUAUUUCUAUCACAACAUUAUAUGAAAAAUGCUCUGUAUCUUAUUCUCCAUGGAAAUCUAGUUAUCUAGAUGUCCAGAUGCACUGGAUGGUGGGCAUUGGCUCAAUUGUAAUUAACGGAUUUUCAGGAUUCUUGUGUGUUGAACUAAAAUACACACGAUCAGUUGGCUAUGUUUAAAGUGUAGAUAUUAUUAAUCUUAAAGCAGUGGGCAUGCAGGUGGAUGCAUGGCUGCUUUAACUAGGGCUCUCAUUCUAAAGACAGUGAGCAGAGAUGAUAUUCUGAGUGUUAAUACUGAAUCUGCUUGAUAUUUCUAGAACCUGUACUCCAGAGGAUGAAGUGCUGGCAAGUGAGUUUUAAAUGGGAGGGACAGAAGCUCCAAUUUCCAUCAGACUAUUGACAGCCAGAAAUGAUAAUGAUUAUAGUUCAUUGGACUGACCCCUUCUAGAAAAUAAAGACUGUGGAUCUUUUGGGUUCAUUAUGCUGAAAUCCAAAUUUCCCAUAAAAGCCAUGUGGUCAAAUAAGCUUUAUUUAUGAAUAAAAGAAAUUACUUAAAGUGCAGUAAUUCUGCAGCCUAAUUCACUGCCAGUGAUUCAUCUAUGGGGAUAAAUGAAUCACAAGGUUUACCAGAUAGCCCUACAGUGCACAUACAUAACCUCCCACGGUGAAUUGGGUACAUGAGUUACAUACAGUGGUGGGUUUCAGAGUAACAGCCGUGUUAGUCUGUAUUUGCAAAAAGAAAAGGAGUACUUGUGGCACCUUAGAGACUAACCAAUUUAUUUGAGCAUAAGCUUUCGUGAGCUACGUAGCUCACGAAAGCUUAUGCUCAAAUAAAUUGGUUAGUCUCUAAGGUGCCACAAGUCCUCCUUUUCUUUAUACAGUGGUGGGAUAUACGGAGCACUGGAGGGCAGUAGCUUAAGGAAAGUUGCUGAUAGACCUUGACAAAUGUUUACAUUUAGGCACUAAUAUGUUUCUAUGGCCGGAUAAUGAGGGGGGAAAUGUAAAAUCAAUUGUGCUAGCAAUUUUAUACAAAUAUUUGUAUUCAGUGUUCUAUUAAUGGGUAAUGUCUUUGUUGUAUUAAUCUUGUGAGCAAUGAUUUUUAAGGGCUGUAUCCAUCUAAAAUAAUCUGCAGCCUUCCUUGCCAAAGGAAGGGUGUGUGUAUAUAUAUAGGUGAUGGAUGUGAGCAUAGAGAAAUGGCAGCAGAUAAAUACUUUACACAAAACCUCUGUGUAUUGGACAGUUCUCCCUCUACUCUUGUCCCCUACAGCUGUUACCCUGAUUCCAGAAGGCCCUGUCUGUAGGCAUGGUGGAUAUUUUUGACACUUCUCUGUCACUCCGCUCAAGGCUGGAGUAAGAGCUGGUAAACGUAUGGACAGGUUUUGCUUUUAUUUUUCUCUCUAAACCAUUUUUCCUGCAGGGUUGGUGGAUAGUCACUCAAUCCAGAGCAAUAUGUCCUAAAUGAGCAUUUCAGCUUUUGCAUUUAUUUAUUGUUAGUCAAAGUAUUGGCCUGUAAAGCUGCCCUAGUUCUUUUGCAGCUGGCUCACUGUCAAUCAACUGCAAAGAUUCUUGAUCCAUGAAAUCACAGGAGAGGAUUCCCAAGGCCCUUUUCUAGGGGCCAUACCGUACUCUAUAUGGCUACCACUUCAGGAGGAAGGUGCAGUACCAUUCCACACCACUGAACCUCUGGAACCUGACUCCUGGUUAGACUAUAUGGAUGAUCGGUCACGGAGUAUCUGUGACAGACACCUGUGAAGCUGGUAUUUUAGAUGAUUGGCAUCCUACAAUGUCUACUCUCUCCUUUAUAGACAGAGGAUUUAGCAGGGGGAACAUCUGUUAAUGCUCAUGUGAAUUACAUACAUAAAUUCCCUACAUUCUGGUAAGAGAAUAAGCCAUUAAGUGCCAAAUCCUGUAGCCCAAGAAAGGCCCUGAAUGCAGUGAAAAUUAGUGUGGCAGGGUGCCUCUAAAGUAGACUCAAAGAGGAGGCAUUUGGGGGUAGGAUGAGUUAUGUCAGCCGUGCAUUUGUAGUCCCCUCCCCGCCCCCAUGUACAUGUGUAUGUAGUGGAAGAGCACAGCCCUCCAUGGAGCAGCCUGAUGAAGGAGACUUCAACCUCCCACCCCACCACCAAUAGCAACUGUCAAAUGAAGUCCUUAGUGCAAGGCCGAUCUAAUCAGGCUGUGAGCAGGGGAAAAGAUUUGGUCCUAAGUGUGUGUGUGGGCCUCCUGGGCUUUCCGUUUUAACACACUAAUAUAUGGUAGAACAGUUUAAUUCCAUGCCCUCAGCUAUAUCAGGUGUGUCACUAGCAUCAUAAUUGCAUCAUUAGUUAUUAAUAGGAUUUUUUGGUGCCUCAAUAAGGCUCUGCAGUGAUGCUACCUCAUGCAGUAAAACUAUUCUUGCAUGGUUGAUAGUAAAGCAUUUUCACCCUGAUUAAAACCAGUUAGACAAUAUUGUAUUUACCCAAUGGGAAUCUUUUGCUGCUCAGUGAAUUUGCCAGUAGAAUGCUUUGCCUAAACUUUUAAUUUUAAUCUAAAUGCAAUUAGCAAAGUUUAUCUUUAAUCUCCCAAAGUAUUGGACCAAAUUGAAAAGGUACAGUCAACCAUGAAAAAAAAAUACUUGAGAAUGAGUUGUUUUAAAAUGAGAGACACUGUCAUGUUGUCUUAUGCAAAGAGGUGCCCUACUUUCAUAUGAAGUCAACAGGAAUUGCAGAAAAGAUUCGAACGAACCAGUUCUCCCCCUGUCCUCUUCAUAUAUAUUUUUCAUCAUCAGAGUUGACUUGCCAGGAAGGGCCUGAUGUAACUUAAUGUAACUGAUUUAAGAGGGUGACAUAUAAAGUAGGGUAUCUAAGGAAAAUGUUUGCUCUUGCCGCAUCUCAGACUUGAAAGAUUGUAAAUGUGUAGUUAGCACUGUGAAUUCAGGAGAUUUCCACAAAAUAAAGGCAGGUGCUAUGGGAACUUUAUGAUUAAAAAAUAGCCUUCUCUAGGGAUAUAUUUGGACUGUUGAAUGAAAAGUCUGGGCAGUGUGUUGUCAAGCAUAUUAGGGAUGGGCUUGUACUGAGGCUGAAUCCCAUCAAACUAUGCAGAUAUGCAGCUCCAGAACCAGACGUUAGCUGUCUAGGUAUUUAUAACAGGAUCUCAAUGUGGUAGCUGAGCCUAAGAUCCAGAUACGGACUGGAACUUCACCGCUUGGCCCUCUCUUGGUAUUGGGCCAAACCAGAACAUGGAAUCCAAAUACCUCCACAUAUUGGGGAAUUUCAGAUUUGGAUCCAAUUCUGCAUCUAAACAUUGUAAAAUGGACCCAACUCCUAAUCCUGACUGGUGAAAGAAGCAGUUCUGGGAGAAUAAGUAGGGCCAAAGUAGAUGCUUUUGCAUCAGGAACUCUGUUAGACAGGAUCCACAUUAUAUACCUUUAACUGCAUUUUAGUGCUCUUCUUAAGCAGGUGUAUGCAAUGCCCUGACCUGUUCCAGCUAGCACUUACUGCUGACUGCACCAUAGUUACUAGUCACCUGUGGACUGUGUAACAGACCUCACCCUCUUUGGGAUGUAGUAUGAGCUUCAGCAUGUCAAUCAGGAAUUUCUGCUUGUGCAUUUGUGUGGGCUGGGGAACCAUUCUACGUGGCUAUUUGGCAGGAGAGGAGAAGCCCCUCCGCAAUUCUCCCUGGGCCCCCUUGCACACCAACGCAGGAGUCAGCUCAAGGAUUAGUUCUAAUCAGUAUUAAAAUAGAGGCACGUAACACAAACAAAUGACAAUGAGAUACUCAGUGACACGCAGAGAGUCUUCAUAGUUGUAUUAGGCCUUUGUAGUGGAGAAGGCAGAACACCUUAUAAAUCUAGCAUACGACCUCUAGCUGUAUAAAUGCCACACCUUGCACAUGCAUGUAGUAACAAUAUCUGUCUUGUUCAAGGUUGUAAAUGUACCUCAGCUUGGGUGGAGCAAGGAAAUGGACUGGACGAUCUUCCGUAACUUCUACUGGCUCUCAACCUUUCCAGACUACUGUACCCUUUUUAGGAGUCUGAUUUGUCUUGAGUACCCACAAGUUGCACCUCACUUAAAAACUACUUGCUUACAAAAUCAGAGAUAAAAAUACAGAAGUGUCACAGCACACAGUUACUGAAAAAAUGGCUGACUUUCUUAUUUUUACCAUAUAAUUAUAAAAUAAAUCAAUUGAAAUAUAAAUAUUGUAGUUACAUUUCAGUGUAUAGUAUAUAGAGCAGUAUAAACAAGUCAUUGUAUGAAAUUGUAGUUUGUACUGACUUCGCUAGUGCUUUUUUGUACCUGUUAUAAAACUAGGCAAAUAUCUAGAUGAGGUGAUAUACCCUGUAUUAGACCUCUACGUACCCCUGGUUGAGAAUCACUGUUUGAGGGCUCUAUGCUCAUGUAUCUCACUAUUUUAAGAAUGAUUUGACCAUGAGCAGCCACCAUCCCAACUGAGCUGCCCUGUUGGCAUUUUAGCAAAGAGACAAAGGAUUGAACAGGUAUGGAGACUGCUGGUUCCUCCAGGUCAGGAAGAAGGCAUGUUAGAAGGGAGAGGUGAGGGGGGGAAGCUUACAGAGCUGCCCCUGCUGUCCUUGUUCUCUUUGGCCUCCAUCGCUAUUAAUCCAGUACAUGUCCCCAGCACUAACAUUCCUUUACAACAAAAUGAGAGAGGUGGAAAACAUGCCUGUUUCCCUGCAAAUGUGGUUUGAAAUCCAUCAUUUCCCUUUGUUAACAAACUGACAACAAGCAAAAUGGGGGAAAGAGAUGGCUCGUGUGUUGCAAGCAAUUUAGAUCACCAUUUAACAGGGCUCAGUCCUGCAAGCUGCUGCACGCUGUUGUCAGGCGCUGAGCCCCCUCAACUCUCCCCAACUUCAGUGAGAGCUAGGGACACUCAGCAUCUUUCAGGAGUGCUCAGCACCAUUCAAGAAUGAGAUGAGAGAGGAGACAAGCUAGACAAAUAUCUGCUUCAGAUACGCCCAUAUCAAGCCAACUGGAAACUUUUCUACUGUGGGUGAGUCCAAUCCAAAUAAAGCCACAGUCUUUGUUCAGUGAGCCACUAUAUCUUUUCUCUAUUAUUAACAGCCUCCUGUUUAAUAUCCUGCCAUUAUUCAAUUCUUAAUAUCCUCUUUGCAUUGUCCUGCAGGAAGCUAGUAACUAUUAAUUUAACACAGCUCCACUUUUUACACCAUGUCCCAGCAAGUAUAAUUUUACUGAGUUUCCUGUGGCUAAUCACAGAAGUAGAUCUGGAAAAUGACAUUUUGUUAAAAAAAUAUAAUUUUUGUUAAUAAAAAGAAUUGGCCAAAAUCAAAACCCCAGGUAGAAACACUUCUGAGCUUUGGGGUUUUGAUAUCUGGAACUGAAUUUCAUCUCACUAAUGCUAGGGAAGAUAAAGGGCAUCCCGUGUUUCCCCUAGUUGUAUAAAGUCCCAUGCAGAAUUCAGAGCUCUGUUAACUAGCAUUCUGUUCCUGUGCUCCCAAUUCAUUUACUCUGAUCUCUGUUCACACAAGAGCUGGACAUCCCAGGGGGACAUCGUGUACAGCUGCUCCUCCCUAUUUCUGUUGUUGAGACUCCUGAGGGAAGCACUUAUAUUUACCCUGUUGCUGGCACUAGCAACUGUGGCCAGGGAUCAAGACUGAGCUAUGUGUACCUUACUUAAUCACCACAGGAAAAGCAUAGGAGAAUUUAUGCUGGGCAUGGAAGAUGAGGGGUUGUCCCUCCUUAGGCCCAGCCUUAGGCACGUCCUACACAGGUUGGAGCAUCCUGGUGCCUGCUUUAAACCAUGCCAGCUUUCAUGGUCCCCUAGCUGGGGAUUGCUGGAGUACAUUGAGCUCCUCAUGCCCACCUCUCUCAUCCCUCCCUACCUCCUAUAUAGCCCCUGCACCAAAGGCUGUGGAGUGAGAUAGUGUAAGAAGCAACCAUUCUGUGUUGACUGAGGACUCCCACACACAUCAGGAAUCCCCAGCAGCUGUGCUCUCUUUGUGCUGCCUGAAAGUCACAAAGCGGGUAGAGUGAGGCCAAGAAUCUACCUUUCCAUAUCAAAAGCGAUACGCGCCUUCGCAGAAUGAAGUGAGUGACAUUUUUAUAUGGUCCCAGUCUAUUCCAGAGUAUUUAGGCUUGGCCUGUGACAACAGGUAGGUUAUUUUGAGGGUGUCAAUUAUCCUAGUCAAUUUUGUGACAGGUUGUGUGUGUCUGUCAUGUCUGCAUUGGCUGAAAGAAGCCAAAACAAACCUGACGGGCUUACACAAUAGACCAGCGAUUUGACAAGCACGAUUGACCUCUGUCAGAACUAACCCACAAGCUAUGGUAUUUGAGGCCUAUCUAUUACAUCAGAGCUGCUUGCUGCUGAAUAUUCAGUGGAAGGGGAGAAAACAUUUAUUUCUGAAUGGCUUGGCAUUUAGGCCCCUUUAAGCUGAUGUUUUUUCCUCUUUUGUUAAUUCUUUUUCUCCUGAUCUUGUUAUUGCAGUCACUCAUUUUGGGAACUAUCAUAACACUUAGCCAGGAAGACUCCCCUAAAUUAUAAAAUCUGCUUGUAACAGAAAAGCCUUUGAGCACACUAGGUCUCCGUAGCAUAUUGCAGGGUCCAGCCCCAAAGACAGGUUCUCCUUGAAGUUCAUGGACAUGUUCAAGAUGUUGUUGCCAAGGCAACUAGCCCUUUAACAUGAGCACAACCUUGUUUGCUCAUCAUCUGGAAGGCUUAACAAAGUCAGAAAAUCCCAAAAGGCCUUCUUUGUUAGAUCUGUCCUGUACUUCCUAUGCAAGGUGGUGUGGCUGGCGUGGUGCGGGGGUGGAAGUCUUCAGGUACAGAAACGGCAAAAAAGGCCUCCAAUUUUGGCAAAAUGUUUGAGGAAAGAUUUAUUAUGUAAAGCCCUAUGAUGUCUAUAAAGGGAUAUGAACAACAAUAGAAAAUUAUAUAACAGACAGAUCUCAUCCAUAAAUAGUUAAUGAAGAAGCAUUAUUUGCAUAAUGCUAACACCACCAGCUGUUAUAUAGAACUUGACAGUGGUAGCUCUCAAAAUGCUUUAUAAGGGAGGUCAGAAUCCUUUUUCUCAUUUUACAGAGGAAGUAUAACUAAGUCUCUGAGAGCUGAAACAAUUUGCUCAACAUCAUCCAGCAGACCAGGGGAAGAGCCAGGGCUAGGACUGAGGUCUCACAAUUCCCUGUCAAGGGCACAGUCCUUUAGGCCAUACUGUCUCCCUUGACUGUUUUAUUUCAAAUGCACCUUCCUUUAAAGUAUCUGGCUAUAACAAAUCAAACACAACAUGACACAAUUCCUUUAUUUUGUUAUCUUCCCCCAUUGGUAUUUUUUGAAAAUCUCCCUUUGGGGCACAUGAGUUAAUUCCCAAUCAGCCCAUCCAGUUGAUUGGGAACCAGAAAUAGUCUUCAUCCCUUCUCUCAAUUUUGCAGACCUUCCAAAUACUGCUCGAGAAAGUCCAGGGAAGUAAGAGCAUCUUCCCUUCCCAUAGGUAAGUGUUUGUUACCAAGGGCCAUACAAAACAACCCAAUAGUUCCACAAGCCAGACAAUACAUUGGGGGCCUCUGAGUCAUGGCACCACUAUGCUGCGACUUCCUUUGAGACCUCUUUCCACUCAGCUUCCCAAGAACUUAGUUCAACUCCAAACUUUGUCACACAGGUAUCUGUAUUUGGCACAGCAACACUAUGCUGAGUUGAUCAGACUCAAACGUCAGGGGUGGAUGCAGGGUACAUCACUUAUCUAAAGUUACACAGAAAACCCUUUCCCUUUUUAUACAUUUACACUUCUCACUGCAUUUACUAUACAUUGCAUCGUGCAUAUUUAUAUUGGCUUGGUUACAGUGUAGGAACCAUCCCUGGACAGCAUGCGCUGUUCAUGCCUUGUCCAUGCUCAGCCUACUCUUUACCGCAUCUUCACAUUCCUGACUUAUCUUGUCCAUUGUUAUCUUGUUCAUGGUAAAUGAUUCCUUGGGCGUUCCCCCUGUUAUCUGAGCUAGCUCAGACAUUCUCUUUUAGCCUACUGACCCAUUUAUUUAUCAUCGUUACCACAAAUAUUUCAUCUUCAUUCUGCUAAUCAAUUUCCCUCUCUAAUCUUGUCUUCCAAGAAAUGAGGUUUCCCCCAUAUUUAAUUACUUAUGUCAAGCCAGGCUUACAUUCCUACCUCUUCCCAUUUAUAGCAUCUAUGCUCAUCAAUAUUUGUGCAGCUUAAACAUGCCUGCUGCCUGAGUAAAUAGAAGCUCAGCCUUUACCAGCAGGCUGGCACCCACAAGUGCAAGCUCCUACCUAGCCAGCUUUUAGUAACCAGCCUCCUUUGAACCUGGCUCUGUGGAUGAGGGGAAAGCAGUGGACGUGUUAUUCCUUGACUUUAGCAAAGCUUUUGAUACGGUCUCCCACAGUAUUCUUGCCAGCAAGUUAAAGAAAUAUGGGCUGGAUUAAUGGACUAUAAAGGGGAUAGAAAGCUGGUUAGAUCGUCGGGCUCAACGGAUAGUGAUCAAUGGCUCCAUGUCUAGUUAGCAACUGGUAUCAAGCAGAGUGCUCCAAGGGUUGGUCCUGGGGCCGGUUUUGUUCAAUAUCUUUAUUAAAGAUUUGGAGGAUGGCAUGGACUGCACCCUCAGCAAGUUUGCAGAUGACACUAAACUGGGAGGAAUGGUAGAUACGCUGCAGGAUAGGUGUAGGAUACAGGGGGACCUAGACAAAUUGGAGGAUUGGGCCAAAAGAAAUCUAAUGAGGUUCAACAAAGACAAGCGCAGAGUCCUGCACUUAGUAUGGAAGAAUCCCAUGCACCGCUACAGCCUAGGGACCGAAUGGCUAGGCAGCAGUUCUGCAGAAAAGGACUUAGGGGUUACAGUGGACGAGAAGCUGGAUAUGAGUCAACAAUGUGCCCUUGUUGCCAAGAAGGUUAAUGGCAUUUUGGGCUGUAUAAGUAGGGGCAUUGCCCGCAGAUUGAGGGACGUGAUCGUUCCCCUCUAUUCGACAUUGGUGAGGCCUCAUCUGGAGUACUGUGUCCAGUUUUGGGCCCCACACUACAAGAAGGAUGUGGAAAAAUUGGAAAGAGUCCAGCAGAGGGCAACAAAAAUGAUUAGGGGACUGGAACACAUGACUUAUGCGGAGAAGGUGAGGGAACUGGGAUUGUUUAGUCCGCGGAAGAGAAGAAUGAGGGGGGAUUUGAUAGCUGCUUUCAACUACCUGAAAGGGGGUUCCAAAGAGGAUGGAUCUAGACUGUUCUCAGUGGUAGCAAAUGAUAGAACAAGGAGUAGUGGUCUCAAGUUGCAGCGGAGGACGUCUAGAUUGGAUAUGAGGAAAGACUAUUUCACUAGGAGGGUGGAGAAGCACUGGAAUGGGUUACCUAGGGAGGUGGUGGAAUCUCCUUCCUUUGAGGUUUUUAAGGUCAGGCUUGACAAAGCCCUGGCUGGGAUGAUUUAAUUGGGGAUUGGUUCUGCUUUGAGCAAGGGGUUGGACUAGAUGACCUCCUGAGGUCCCUUCCAACCCUGAUAUUCUACGAUUCUAUGAAACCCAGUCCUCAUGUAAUUCUGCAACUGGAACUAGGGUAUUAUGAUUACUAAUAGAAAAUGCGGGGGGGAGGGAGAGAAGGAUGCUGAUGGUGUAGCACUAAGGGCAGCAUCCCAGAAAGUGGAAAAAUCUUAUGCAUACCCACAUUGUUGUUGUUAUUAUUUGUUUGUUUCUGGUAGCAUUAACAAUGUGCUAGGCACUGUACAUACACAAAAUCUUAUGCAUACCCACAUUGUUGUUGUUAUUAUUUGUUUGUUGCUGGUAGCAUUAACAAUGUGCUAGGCACUGUACAUACACAAAAGAAGACAGCCACUGAUUCAAAGAGCUUCCCAUCAAGCAAUUCAGUUUAAAGGGUUCUGAGGAUAAAAUUCCUGAUGAAGUAAGAGUUUGUCUAAGAAUAAUGCGUGGCUGUGUUGAUGUCAAUGUCUAAACUCCCAUUGGCAUCAGUGGGGCCAGAAUUUUACCCAAUGUGAAAUCAUACUCCUCAGUGUAUCUGUGGUCAGAGCAGGUGUUUGGAGCUCACAUGUCAGGGUAUUUGUGGCCCAUCUUAUCUCCAAUAAGUACCAGAACUCUAGCAGCCAGAACUAAAUGUUUUUGGAUGUUGAAUACUGAUCAAUAUAAUACUGUUGAAUAUUGACCAAUAUCAUAUUGCAUUUAAAUAUUCUAGCAAGCCCUGGAAAUGCAAAUUUUCACAGCUAAUGUAAUGUUGGACUUAUACAGUAAUUUGCUUAUAUUAAAUUGUGUAUUGCAAUUUUUUCUUUACAUGGAGAGAACCCUUUCUGUUAAGGGUUGAGGUAAUAUUCUGUAUCCAACAAACAAUCGAAUCUGGCUCCAAUGGAGCAGGAGAAUCCAGAGCCCCAGGAAUACGGAGACUUUCUUCCAAAGCCUAAUACACUGUCAUCUUGACUUUUUUUUCCAGGUGUCUGGCAAAGUGAUAUUUUAAAAAAUAUUAUAGGAAGUUACUGAAUAGACUGUUCAUACUUUAUCAUGUUUCAUUGUGCUGUAAUCAGCGUGGGUAGCACAAAUAGAUCAGACAGAUUCUAUGGGACCCUUUUCCAUAAUAGAGCCAGAGAUGGAGUACUGACCUUACACCAGUAUACGGCAUUAUGAUAAAACCAUCAUCGUGGAUUUAAACUGCACCAGGCACUCAAAUCCAAUGAAACAAUCAUGUCAGUCUCUUUGGGUGACUUUUCAAUACACAAUCUUUUUGUGAUGUAGUGAAAUAAGACAUGUCUUUGUAUGUCAUCAUUUGGUAUGUGGACCUGUCCCUAAAUAUUUUCCUAUGGUUCCAUUUUACAGUGUGUUUAAUUUUGCCUCUUCCAAAAAUAAUGAUGGGCCAGUUUUGAUACAGAUAUUGCUAUCUAUUAACUCUUUUCCUCUUGGCUGUUCUUCAGGUUGACAUGGGGGCAGGAUUGAGACCAGCAAAGGCUAACAUAUCAUUCAGUUAAAGAAAAAUAACCUGAAUUGAAAUACUUCUGGAGUCCUGUUAUUAUAAUUUAUUUUUUGUAUUCGUGUUGUGCCUCAGAGUCCUAGUCAUAAAACAGGCCCUCAUUGUGCUAGAAGUUCUGCAAACACAGAACAAAAAGAUGAUUCCUGACCUUAGCGGCUCCUAAGCCACAGAUAUUUAAAACUCUGGGAUCUCUUUUGCCCUCAGGUGUUCAUUGAAGCAAAUGUAUGAACAUUCCUAAAGGCCAUCCACCUGCGUCAACACGUGGGGGAACAUCAUGGGCCCAGAAGUGAAGUGGGACAGCCCCAGCAGCAAGGGAGGGAGACACUCACAGAGGGAUAGCUGGUAGCUCCUCCAGCACCUCGGAGUCUCUGGUGCCCUUUGGGGGAGUAGGGCAUUGAUUGGGCCAUUCAGAGAUGUAACCUGGAGCCUGGUCCAUGUGGACCCUUUUUCAAUUCCAUUCCAGCAAAUGAUAUGUGAUCAUUCCUAAAUCAACUUCUGACCAAACACCAUGGAUGUGGGAACUUGCUUGGAACUUUUCUGACAGAACUGAAAAAAAGUUUAAUAGCAAGGCAGUGAAAGAACCCUUCAAGGCACCUUCAAACACAAACUGAUCCUGCUGCCACUGGAAUCAGUGGAAGCAGACAGCUAAACUAUGUGCGUAAUUUUACUCACACAAGUAGCCUCUUUGAUGUCAAUGGGAUUAUUCAUAUGAGUAAAAUUAAACUGUUUGCAGGAUCAAAGCCUAAAAUUCAUACUGGGUUAUUAGGUUCCUCCCUUCACAAGAAUGCCUACAGCCCCAAUGCUGCAAGCUGGUCCAUGCAGACAGAACCUUUCCCUCUUGUGAGCCCCCAUUGGCUUGACUAAAGUUCCUUGCUGAUAAAAUGGGUCUGCCUGUACAGAAUAGCUUGCAGGACUGGAGCCUUAAAUCUCUUUUAUAUCUCUAAAAUCUUUGUUAUUUAAAAAGAAAUCAGAUCAAUGUAUUUUUUAAAUGAAUGGGUAAUAGAAAAUCUGAGAAUUUUGAUAGAUGGGGCAGAGGGGUGUAUAAUAUAGCAAAUUUGUAACUUGCCUUCUCCUUCCAUUUCUGCUUGCUUGUGGAGUGUCUGAACUUAAUCACGUGAAGCCUUGCUUCCAUUCUGAAGUUGACAAGCCCUUAACUGGGUACAAAAUCUCAAUAGAGUUUGUAGGUGAUGUAAAUUGGUCAAAGAGAUAGCUUUGUUACCUAGCUUGCAGUGUAUUUCUUUUUUUCAAUUUUGGUUAGCUUUUCAUUUCAAUUACCACUUGCAGAAUUUUUGCAAAAAUUCAGACUAAUUCCACUGAUGUUGUCCAAGCUUCACCCAAACUCUUGUUGUUUUAGGAAGCUAAACCUUCCUUUUAAUCCUAUUUAAGGCACAGGCUUUCUCAAGAGUCCUUUGGUAUUGGUACCAUUUUUAUUAAGUAUCUUUCACAAUAUAAUGUUCAUGUUCUUUCUCUCUGCUACUUCUUUCUCUGCUUAGUUUGCUUUGAAGGGGCUUCACUGUUCUGUUUUAUAUUGUAUGGGUUGGUUUACAGAAACUUUAUUCUUGUAAUGAAUUGUUCUUGAAAUGUGGAUUUAUCUGUACAGAUACAAAAUUUGAAAAGUGUUCUGUGUCUAAUUGGAUUUUUCAUAAUUUAUUGUGAUCCUUGCUGGUAUAGUAAACAGAAAAAUGUUCUUUUAAACUUCUGCUACAUUCACUUCCUAGUUAUUUAACUGGCUUCACUAUGUAUUUACUUAUUACUACUUGUUUACUCUUUUUACUAUAAUGAGAAUAACAAAAUUUGUUAAUGUAAGAUUAAAUUUGUGCUUUUUCUUGAUAAAGUUCUUGAAAUUGA